CAUAUGAUGAAGUAUUUAAUGAAAACGUUCGAAAUUUAAAAAUAAAGUAAUAAUUAUACGCAAAAAUUAAAUUCAUUUACUUGACAAAAAAAAUGUUUGUUUUUAUGCUCUCAUUAUGUAUUAACUAUCAAUAUUGUGAAGCAUUCUCAAAUAUUGCAGUUAGUUCAUAUCUAAAUGAGAACAUACAAAUAGCUGUUAUUGGAUGGUCAAAAAUAUCAUCUUGGUCUGUUUCAGCUGGGUUUGGUCACUUUACUUCAUCAAGCAUAUUCAAUACAUCAGAUUUUAAAGUAUCACAAUCUGGGAUAUACCAAGUGUUUACUACAAUAACUUUUUCUGGUGCUCAAAAUGGUGUUUUUAAAGUAGCAUUAGUUAGUAAUAAUGACUUAGUUAACAGUCACCCUGGCCUUUCCAGCUCUUUUCAAGAUUCAGUUGGAUACAAAAGUUUAUCAGUAUAUGGAACAACUCGCUUGUUCUCUGGUGAUGUUGUAUCAGUUUAUGUAUUUUCUGAGUUAGACCAAAGUUGGAUAAUUCGGGGAGGUUCUGAAUCAACAUUUUGUAUACAAUUUGUUAGCUUUUACAACCAAGCUCCUGGUUUUUCUUCAUAUUUGACUCAAGAAUAUUACAUAGAAAACAAUGAUUGGAAUAGUAUUUUAAAAUGGAAUGCUAAAGAUAAGCCUGGCUUGUUUAAGAGCAGAACUGGGUUUUCUCAAGAUGUUGGAAAGUUUGUAUCUAUUUGUGAUGGUAUUUAUCAGUUUUCAGCAAAUAUUCUAAUUUCUGCUUCUAAGAGUGGUCAUUAUGAUAUUGGUAUUCUAUUAAAUGGGGUACCAGAUGGUAGCAUUACUGGAGCUGAUAUUGGGUCAGAUCCACAGAGUUUGUUAUUUUCUCUUAGUAUGUCUAUAUCAUUAAAGUUAAGUAUCGGAGAUUCAGUGGUCAUCGUAAGCAGAGGCACAGAGAGCUAUAUUGUUAAAAUGCAAAGUGGCUUUUUUGGAAUAUUGGUAAAUGAAGGUGAAUCAACACCAGGAAUUUCAAGUAUACUUACAGCGCCAAUUGUUGAUUAUGGAGGAUCAUGGUUGACCAUUCCUAUACCAAUUCCGACAUCUGGUUAUGGACAAUUUCAAAUGCCUAGCAACAGUGUAAAAAGUAAUGGAAGGUUUUCAUUUACUCAAACACAAAUUUUUAUAAUCAGUGCAAUAAUCAAUGUUCAAACAUCAUCUUCAUCAUUAUCUUUGAUACUUUCUCUGCAAAAUGAUCCAUCAACAUUUUCUAACCAAAGAACAGGAUUGUUUACAACUAACAUAAGAACAUCAAAAAAUUCAAGUUACAGUAUUGCAGGUAUCCUUGAGUUACAAGCUGGCCAACCUCUUUUCAUAUAUUUAUAUCUUACAUCACCAGGAACUUAUUCCAUACAACCUGGAAGUCGAGUCUGUGUUGCUGCAGUUCAACAAGAGUAUGAAUCUUUUAAUGUAAUCGUUCCUUCUUCUGUUUAUCAAACAAAAAGUAACGAUUGGGUAGUUAUUGACACAUGGUCUGAAAGUCAGAAGAGUGACUCGUUUGUUUUUACUGAAAAAUUAGUUUCUGGUAAGUAUACUGCUAUGGCAACAGGGAUCUAUUAUUUGUCUGCUAAUGUUAUUUUUAAAGACAGCAAUGGACCAAUUUAUAUUAUGAUAGCUGUCAAUAGUCAGUUAUCAAAACGAACUGCUUUAUAUGCAACAAAAGGAAAACCAUCAGUAGUUCAAGACAGUCUUAGUGUGUCUGGAGCCUUAUUUAUUAAAAAAGAUUCUUAUGUUAAUGUUUAUGUUAUGAUUGAAAAUGAUAAUAGCUGGUCCAUAGAUAUUGAUUCAACUUUUUCAAUGGUGUUUCUUGGGUAUCAGACAAAUAUUUUUGGUGUAACAACAGUUCUCACAAAUAGUUUAGCUUACACUACAUCUGGUUGGUUUAAGAUUGGAAAAUGGAAAUCUCAAACUGCAGCAGGUCCAUUUUUUGAUUUUGGGGGAGGAUUUAAUCCAGACACUGGAGAUUUUGUUGCUCCUAAAGCAGGUUUUUACAUUGUGAGUGCUGGAAUAAAAAUGGUUCAGGCAAGUGCAGUUGGUUCUACCUUUACUUUAAAUGUUGCUGUUAAUGGAAAUCCAUCUACUUUACAAUACCAAAAUGGAAUACAAGAUUAUCUUCAAAAUGGUAAUGUUGCACCUACUACAAAUGAUUUUUACUCAUUGGUUGUGUCUGGUUUGGUAUUAGUUAAUGCAGGUGACAGCAUUGCACUUUAUAUUCAAUCUGUUGCUGAUCCAUCUUAUACAAUAAGUCAAGACAGCUUUAUGUCAAUCGUUUUUAUUAGCUCUACUAAUGAUUUAUAUUCAUCUGGAAUGCAGUUAAUGCUAGAUCCAACACUUGAUCAACAGCAGAGCGCUUCUGAUUGGUCUAAAGUUAAAUAUUGGCAGAGCAACCGGGUGAGGACUGCAACUGGUGUUUUCAGCAGUGGAAAUCUUCUAAAACUAGAUUCAGUCAUGGGUACAGUAACUGUUCAAGAGACAGGAAUUUAUUAUAUUUUUGUAAAUCUUGCUAUUGCUCCUGAUUUGAAUAAUUAUCAAAUAGCUGUUUUCACAACAUUAACGUCUGUCACAUCACUAAUAACAAGAUUUAGUGAUAAAGAUCAUCCUCAAUACACAAUGAAGAUUUACGGUGCUUUAUACCUGUAUAAAGGUCAGGAGCUAUCGAUUAGGGUUAAACCCUCAGCUUCAAAUGCACAAUGGGAAAAUCUCCGCUCUUACAGUGGCUGGUCAUUUUUCAGAAUACCACCUUAUUUGCCAAUUCCGUCUGUUGGAACAGGCAAACCUAUUGAUUUACUUCCAUUUAUAAAACCUGGGUAUUAUACAAGACUAAGAAAUUGGAAUGUUAUAAUGUCUACUGUUCUUGGUGUUGAUGGAGAAGGUCUUAACCAAAGGGAUGGAGUAUAUACUGUUUUUUUAGAUGGAGUGUAUUUAGUAUCAAGUACUUUAGUUAUUAAAACAAACGAAAGUCAAAUUUCCAUUGGAAUAAAGAUUGGUAUCAAUGCAGACUUAAGUGAUUUUUCAGUGGUUAAAUCUGGUAUUGGUCCUUCAUAUUUAUAUCCUGUAUGUUCUGGUAUUUGUACUAUUUCAAUAACACAAGCAGUGCAACUUUUAGUUGGUCACACUGUUGCAAUUUUUGUCCAAUCAAAUGCAUUGACAACAUAUUUUUCUGAGUUAAGCGUAUUUAGUCUAAAGCUUAUUAACCCUCUGAGAUCUUUAGACGGUUUCUCAUGUCAGUUAUCAUCUGAAAUACUGAUAAGUUCUUCAGGAGAUCAAAAAAUAGUGGGAUGGUCUGCUGUAGAGUCAAUACAUUACACAAACUUUACCCAAGCGAAUGAAUAUAUUAUUUCUAAAGGUGGUGUAUAUUUAGCUGCAUUUAAUAUGGAUCUUAUAAAUGUUUAUGGCUUUGUCAGUAUUAAACAAAGUUUGGGUACAUCUUUAAUUAACCUUUUUGAGUACUACAAUGAAGGUUUGUUACCAUUUAGUCUAUCAUCUACUACUGUGGUUUCUUUAAAUGUUGGAGAUGUGUACUCAUUAAAAAUUAAUACUUUGACUGAUAAUUCGUAUUCUAUUGGUAAGCCGUCAUCAACUUCGUUAACAUUCAUUGGCGAUGAUACUUAUGGAUUUUCUGCAGUGCAGUCUAGAAUUAAUAGUAAUUUUUACAAUCAAAGCAAAUGGUAUCCCAUUAAUGGCUGGAUUACAAAUGGAAGUUCUUGGUUAUUUGAAUAUGGUCGGGGGUUUCUUUCUAGACAAGAUUAUAUUGUUGAAAAAUCUGGAUUUUACUUUAUUACAGCAAAUAUAAUAUUUGAUAAAGCUCAAUAUGAAAACAUUUUGGAAAUGGUUGUUGUUCUUAAUAAAGUUGACACAGUUUUGUAUGAUCAAAAAAUACUAUCUUUAAAAUCAUCCACAACAUCAACGGUUCGUGGAGGAGUUUUUUUAAACAAUUUAGAUUAUUUACAACUUCUAAUAAGACUUAAUACUAACAAUGAUAAUUUAAUAAUCAAAAGAGAGUCAUCAUUUUCAAUUGUUCGAAUCGGAUUUGAUACCCUUUCAACAACUUGUGUUGAUAAUGGACCUAAUAUUCUUGAAAAUCUGUCUCACAAAAAUGCGCGACUGAGUCAGGGUGAUAACUUGAAUUUGGAAAUUUCUGCUACUGGAAGUAAUUUGACUUAUCAAUGGCUGAAAAACUUUGAGCCUUUAAAGGGAAUGACUUCACAGGUUUUAAAAAUGAUAAAUUUAAAAACUAGCGACAGUGGAUCAUAUACUUGUGAAGUAAUUCAAAAUACGAUAAGAGUGUCUAGCAGUAUUGCAAUAAUAAUUGUUUUUGAUCCGUAUCCUGUAUUUUUGAACCCUUCUUCUGAUUAUAGUUUAACAGUAAUGGAGAAUGGGCCUAAAAUUAAGAAUCUUCUGAUUAUUUCAGCAAGAACGCAAAGUAAUGAAUCUAAUUUUGAGGAAAUGUUUUUUGAUAUUAUAUCAGGCAAUGAUCUUCAAUACUUUCAACUGUUUCCAAACAGAUCUUCAACAGGUACAACACUACAAAGAACUCAACAGUUAAAUAGAGAAAUGAUAAAAAGCUUCCAAUUAAAAAUCAGAGCAUCUAAUACAUUAAACCCAAAAUAUAACACUGUUCAAUUAAUAUGGAUCACAGUUGUAGAUGAAAAUGAUAAUUCUCCUAUAUUUGAUAAAACAAGCUAUAAUACCUCUGUGUUAGAAGGAUCUCCUAUUGGAACAGUAAUAGUUCAAAUACAUGCAAUUGAUCCUGAUGAAGGUCGCAAUUCAAUUAUUGUCUACUCUAUUUUGCCCAUUAUUGAUAGCAGAUUGUUUGCAAUUGAUCAAUAUACUGGGAUAAUCACAUUGACAGAUAAUCUUGAUACAAAUGUAAAAUCAGCAUACCUGAUUAUAGUUAAAGCUAAUAAUUUAUUGGGUUCUUUAAACUCAUCAUAUGCCCAAGUGUUCAUCACCAUAACUAAUAUAAAUAAGUUUGAACCUUACUGGUUGAAGGAUACAUACAACGUUGAUAUAUCAGAGUCAGUGACUCCAGACACACAGAUACUACAGUUGCUGGCAGCUGAUGAAGAUUCUGGAACUAAUGGAUUAAUAAAGUAUGAAGUUGUAAGUGGUAAUGAAGCUAAUUUAUUUGAUGUUAAGUUAACUGGCAUGUUGGUAACAAAAGGUAAACUAAGUUAUGAUUUACAAAAUAUUUAUCUAAUAAUAAUUCAUAUUCAAGAUGGUGGGUCACCUCCUAAGUCUGCUGUUAAAAAUGCAACGGUAACAAUAAAUGUUCUUAACUCGAAAAGCAAUAAUCCAAUAUUUGAAAAAUCUGAAUAUAUUACAACUGUGAUGGAAAAUACUUCAUAUUUUGAUCCACCAUUUGUUGUGAAAGCAAACAGUUUAGACAAAAAACUAACAAUAAUGUAUAGCAUACCUCCCAACCAAAAUGUUUCUGAAAUAUUUGAUAUUGGUAUUUUAACAGGAAUUAUUUUACUCAAAAAGCCUCUUGAUUAUGAAAAAGCAACAUUUUAUAAGUUUAUUGUCCAAGCUACUGCAGCCGGUACAAAUGCUGCAGCAAAUGCCAAUAUUCUUGUAAAAGUUCUUGAUGCAAGCAACAAAGUUCCUUUUUUUGUGGAUUCUUAUAAAAGCAUAAACAUAGAGGUAAAAAUAAGUGUUGAGAGAAUAGUUUAUAGAGUGUCAGCAGUUGAUAAAGAUUCAGGGAUGAAUGGAGUAAUCGGAUACAGAAUUAAAUCUGGAAACAUUAAAAAUAUCUUUGAAAUUGAUUCUACUACAGGUGACAUACGCAUUAACAACUCAUUGGAUACAAACACUGAACGUUUUACCUUGUAUAUAGUUGCAUUUUACAUUGGCAGACCUUCUAUAGAAAGUAUACCGUUUAUUCUGGACAUUUAUAUCACAGGCAUAAAUUAUUAUGCUCCUGCAUUCCCAUCAUCAUCUUUCACUGUACUAAUGAGUUGAUACUUCCAUACCUGAUCAAUAUGUGUAUCAACUGGCAGCUAAUGAUCCUGAUCCAGGUCCUGAUGGUUAUCUUAAAUACAAUAUUGUAAGUGGCAACAACAAUGGGUUAUUUUAUAUUGACGUAACAGGCAUUGUUCGUGUUAAACCACCAAAUGGAUUUCAAUUUUUGUCUCAAUACCAAUUAGGUAUCACAGCUGAAGACAGCUUUGUACCUCCAAAGGUUUCUUCAAUUUUUACUCUUUUUGUAAGAACAACUCCAAGAAUAUUUGUUGAUAAUAUUCAACUUGGAAGUUAUCAGUUUCAGUCGACAAUUUC